GCCAGCUGCCCGCCACCCUCUGUGCACUCGCCCAGCUUGCAGCCUCCCGGCUCCCGGGCCCGGGGGCCGGCUGCCAUGGCCUGCCGCUCCUGCGUCGUGGGCUUCAGCAGCCUCAGCAGCUGUGAGGCGAGCCCGGCAGGAUGCUCCUGGCUCGGCACCUCGGGAUGGGCCCCCGGGCCGGGCUUCAGCUCCAGAAGCCUGACCGGCUGCCGGCCGGCUGGCACCCUCCCCAAGGUGACCGUCAACCCCAGCCUGCUGGUGCCCCUGGACCUCAAGGUGGACCCAGCCAUCCAGCAGCAGAAGACGCAGGAGAAAGAGGAGAUGAAGGUCCUCAAUGACAGAUUUGCCUCCUUGAUCGGCAAGGUGCAAGCCCUGGAACAGCGCAACCAGCUGUUGGAGACGCGCUGGCGCUUCCUGCAGAGCCAGGAUGCAGCCCCCUUCGACCUGGGGCACCUGUACGCUGAGCACCAGGGCCGGCUGCAGGAGGAGCUGUUCAAAGUCAGCAAGGAACGGGGACAGCUGGAGGCCAACCUGCUGCAGAUGCUCGACAAGGUGGAAGAAUUCCGGAUCCGGUAUGAGGAGGAGAUCUCCAAACGAACAGACAUGGAGUUCACCUUCGUGCAGCUGAAGAAGGAUCUGGAUGCUGAGUGUCUUCGGCGCACUGAACUGGAGACCAAGCUGAAAGGCUUGCAGAGCUUCGUGGAAUUGAUGAAAACCAUCUAUGAGCAGGAGCUGAAUGACCUGACAACCCAAGUGAAAGAUGUGUCUGUGACUGUGGAUAUGGACAGCCGCUGCCACAUUGACCUGAGCGGCAUCGUGGAGGAGGUGAAAGCCCAGUACGACGCCAUUGCAGCUCGAAGCCUGGAGGAGGCAGAAGCAUACUCCCGGAGCCAGCUAGAGGAACGAGCUGUCCGCUCCACAGAGUACGGAAACAGUCUCCAGAGCAGCCGCAGUGAAAUCGCAGACCUCAACGUGUGCAUCCAGAAGCUCAGAUCUCAGAUCCUGUCCGUCAAGAGCCACUGCCUAAAACUGGAGGAGAACAUCAAGGCGGCUGAGGAGCAGGGUGAACUGGCCUUCCAAGACGCCAAGGCCAAGUUGGCCCAGCUAGAGGCCGCCCUGCAGCAAGCCAAGCAGGACAUGGCGAGGCAGUUGCGUGAGUACCAGCAGCUGAUGAACACCAAGCUGGCCCUGGACAUCGAGAUCGCCACCUACAGCAAGCUGGUGGAGGGCGAGGAGAGCCGGAUGGACAUACCUGCAACGGCUGUGGUCAGCGCUGUGCAGUCUAGAUCCAGAACCGCUGUAUCCAAGUGCAGCCCCCAGAGAGCCCCCUCCCGGAAGAAGAAGAAGAACAAAAAGGGGCCCGUGAUCCAAAUCACCGAGAUGUCAGAAAAAUUCCUCUUGCAGGAGUCAGAGGCCUCAGAGUAAGGCCUUGGGCCCCGGGAGCACCAGUCACCCCACAACAGCAGGCGGCACUUCAGAAAGCACCUGAGGUCCUCCAGGCUGAGGGAGAUGAGCCUGAUCCUGAGCCCAGAGUUUCUAAGAAUGCUCACUUAGUGGGGGGCUAAGGAUGGGUAGGAGAAUGGCUUCCUCCUGGGACCAACUGGAAUUGGAUGGGUCAGUCUUCUCUCUGCCUCUUGCUCCCCUCAAGGUCCACCCCCAAAAAUCUUCCUUUUGCCCAACCUUGCCCUAAACUGUCAUCUCUAACCUAGCCUGGUCUAUGCCUCAGAAGGGUGACGGCUGCUUCCACCCAGGCUGAGGAUCACUGCUUAGGCACCCUCCCUGAAUCUGGGGUCCCUAGGAAAUUGGGUGCUAAGUCCCCCCUGGCUUUCCACCCUGGGUUCCCCAGAGAACUGACAGUAUUAUGGGAGGGAGGAAAGAGGUGUUUGGGGCUGUUUCCAGAGAAGGCCCCACUCCCCAUCCCAUGUCUGCCUUCUCCUCUCCUGUGCAACCCCCCACAGAUACAGUGCAGGCCAGCCCCCAGAAUCCUCCAGAAGCUAUUCUUGCCACAAUGACCAUUCUGGGGGCCAGGUCCUGGCAGGGGAGUGAGACCUG